AACAACACAACAUACUACAGUACCAUUCCUCAAAAGCUUCUCUGAUCUCUCUCUCAAAGUACAAGAAAUUGAGAAUAGGAGACAGCUUCUGAAGGGGACUAUAGGUACUUGAUUCAUUUCAUUCACAAGGUGGAAAUAAGAAGAACCUAGAGUCGUGUUUUAUUUGAUAUAUUCGAGAGGUGUUGCUGAUAUAUAUUUAAAGCAUGGAUUCAUCAAAAAGACACUGGCCUAGCAUGUUCAAGUCUAAGUCUUCGGUUAGCUCUCAAGGCCAUCAAUCGCAACAUGAUACAAGCUCUCUCAUCUCAACUCCUACUUCUACUGUAUCUUCUGCAGGGACUGUGGAAAAGGCCCCGGAGCCAAAGCCACGAUGGAAUCCGAAGCCAGAGCAGAUUCGGAUUCUGGAAGGGAUCUUCAACUCAGGAAUGGUGACUCCACCGAGAGAUGAAAUACGGAGAAUUAGGGCUCAAUUGGAAGAGUACGGUGAAAUCGGUGAUGCCAAUGUAUUUUACUGGUUCCAGAACAAAAAAUCGAGGAGCAAGAACAAAAAAACUAGCAACUUCCUCAAUUCCACCACUAAAUCGCGAAAGCGCACUGUUUCCAAACCUAAUACCUCUCAACUUUCUUAUACAUCAUCAUCCUCAUCCGACAAAUCUUUGCAGAAAUCAUCUCCUGGUGAGUUUAUGCCGGAACCCUACUCUUUUCACGCAAGCCAAAGUACCCUUGUAGGUGGUGCAAUUGCCGGUAAUGCUGCAGUCGGUACACCUUUGAUCCGAGGCCUUUGUUCACCGCAAGUUAUAUCAUCAAAUGUUGACUAUGUGGCUCAAUAUAACAAUAGUCGUCACAAUCUCUCUGAAUGUCAUGGCCAGACUUAUGGGAAAUGCUCUGCUGCUAGUGUUGUGGUUGCUGACUUGAUUAAUCAUGAAGCUCCGAAUAAUUACCACAAGAGGGGUGAAGACAAUGACCAAAUGAAGAUGCAGCGGCAGUUAAGUUAUAACAGUGUGACUACUACUCCUACUCCUAUAUCUGCUCAGACCAUUCUUCCUCCUACUGUUGUGUCUAACAUCAAUCACAUUCAAGCUGAAGGUAUUAGGAAAUGCACGGUUUUCAUCAAUGAUGUGGCAUUCGAAGUGGCAUCUGGGCCGUUUGAUGUGAGAGGAGCUUUCGGUGAAGAUGCUGUGUUGCUGCACUCUUCUGGGCAGCCUGUGGUCACCAAUCAAUGCGGUGUCACACUCCACUCACUCCAGCAUGGUGCUUUUUAUUACUUGUUCCGGAUGCGAACUCCUUCAUCAACUUCACAAACUCACGGCUCGGACUUGAAGAAAUAAUUAUUUGAAGAUGGAACCUGGCCAAUCUUUAACCUGGGUUUUAGUUUCCAUAUCUGGAUAUACACAUAUAUAUGUCUUCAAAUUUUCCUGCUGUAUGAACUUAGUAUAGCAGUACAAUUACGUAUGUGUUUAAUUAUGUCAAUGGGAAUGCUUAAAAUAUAGUAUAUGAUGCAUAUUCUCACGUUUUUUUGGAUCUGGUAUCCGAUUAUAAGGUAGGCUAAAUGUAUUCUGGACUUUUAGUGGGUGUUGAGCAAAGAGA